GUCGACAGGUCCAAUCACAAUCAGAGCUUGGCCAUUCCUUUCAUGCUGUGCAGAAGACAAGGGACAGGAGACUGUCAUGGGAUGAGAGACGAUACUAGACGAAGAAGAGAGGUGGUCAAGAUAUAAAAGACUCACUGAGGCCCUCGCCCAAGGCCUGUAUCAGUCACCACAGACGCACCCUGCUGACAGGGCCCCCUGUUUUAAAGUCCCAGGAUCUGGCACUAAAAAAAGGGAAAAUGAAGAAUAUGACAGAAGGGAUAGCCCUGACAUGCGGCAUGUCUGGAAGACAUGAAAUCAUCUUCACCCUGAUACCCAUUGUCUAUGGCUGUAACUUUGUCAUCGGCAUUGUCGGAAACAGUAUGGUGGUGGCUGUCAUCUACUGCUACAUGAAGCUCAAGACGGUGGCCAACAUUUUUGUUCUGAAUCUUGCUGUUUCUGACCUCACCUUCCUCAUCACUCUGCCCAUGUGGGCGACCUUCACCGCCACGGGGUAUCACUGGCCCUUUGGAGGAUUCCUGUGCAAGGCCAGCGCAGGGCUGGUGAUUUUUAACCUCUACACCAGCAUUUUCUUCCUCACAGCCCUCAGCAUUGACCGGUACCUCUCCAUUGUGCACCCGAUGCGAUCACGCAGGUUCCGCACCGUGGUGUAUGCGCGUAUCACCUGCGUAGUGAUCUGGCUUUUUGCUUUUGUGCUUAGCGUGCCCACAGCACUGACCAGGGAUGUCCACAGCUUCACAAACUUUAACACUACAGUGUGUGGCAUUCUGCACCAGAACAGUGGAAAUGCCAUGUGGUUGAAAGACCUCCUGCUGGCCAUCAGUCUGAUGAAAAGCUUGUUGGGUUUCCUGGUGCCCUUCAUCAUCAUCAUCACUUGUUACUGCCUCAUCGGACGAGCGCUGAGGGGGGCGAAACACAUCCAGAAAAGCUCCCGUUCCCGGGAUGACGAGGUACUGCGUAUGCUCGCAGCAGCUGUCCUGGCCUUCUUCAUGUGCUGGGUGCCCCAUCAGGUGUUCCACUUCAUGCAGGUGAUCACCCAGCUGAUGCUGGUGGAGAACUGUGCCAUCCUGGAAAUCAUUGACACCGCCAUGCCCUUCACCAUCUGCAUCGCCUACUUCAACAGCUGCAUUAACCCUAUUGUGUAUGGCUUUGUGGGGCACAACUUUCGCAAAAACCUACUCCGGCUGUUGCGCUGUUCGCCACCUGGACCUACAGGGCCUCACCCAAGCAUCAGCUCCAAGAUGAGUGCCCUGUCCCUCCCUGCCUCAGAGGCACUGAGCCUUAUAUCCAAAAGUAAGGCCUCUUCUAACGUUAAGUGAAAGAAAAGAAAGAGGGUGCACAUUCACUCUCCCCACUCUUUUGGUCUGUGGUUAAGAGUCCAGAGAUGGAGACAUUCCAUGAUUUUAUAACCCCCAACUGUAUUACCAUGCACUGAACCAUGGAGAAUGGCUGUAAAGUUGUAUUCGUGUCCCUCUGUGAACAAUUCACAGAUAUUCACUACCUUAUACGGUCUGCAGAAUAAUUGUUUGUAAACCAUCAUAGGACACUCAUGCUUGUUACAUUCAUGCUGGCAAAAAUUUCUGUUAGUGACAAAGUAAAAAAAAAAAAGAGAAACAGAAAUUAAAUAUAUUAAUGAAGUACCUCCCUGCUAGUGAAGGCUAUAUAUGAUUACAGAACGCUUUUUCCACUAUUUAUAUAAGACAUGCAUGUAUAUGCAUGAUUUUGUCACCGUUAUACCUUAAGGAUACAGUGCAGUUUUAUAUUGUCCAGUGAUAACCAUUCUGUGUGCUCAGCAGGUCUUUCACCAGUUGGAACAGUUAUCAUAAUCCACUCAUGCAUGCUCUGCACGCAGCUGUGUACAUGGAACAAUUGGAAAUUUGUAGCAAAAAUAUGAUGUUAAUUUGUAUCAGUUAUUAAGGUGUUUGACAAUGACAGCCGGUGCCUAUAUGCUAUAUAGUAUUGUCAAGUUAUGUGCUCUGUGUGAACAUGUAUAGUAAGUGUUUGCAUAUUAUGACUGUGAUGCUUUGCAAGUCUGGGAGUAACACAAUGUAUAAAUAAGAGUGCUACACAAAGACUCCUGGUUGGGUGAUCAUUGUCAAUAGCUAUGGUGGUUGUAUUUGUGGUAUUUAAACAUGUUAAUAGAUUUUUUUUUUCUACUCUCUAAGUGUACAGUUUGUGAAUAUAUGAAAAUAUGAAUAAAAUGAA